AUGUCUAAACAGUCUUCCCAACGACUACCCGCACCCUCCCUCUUCGUAGGACCUCCCUCACACAAUGCCAGCACUGCCUCUCUCGCCCGCGCAAACACGGAUACCUCGCAAUCCUCGCGCAACAUACCUUCCUCGGCAAUACCCAACCCUACCUCGCCAUCCCUGAACCAAGGAAAUCUGAGUAGAUCCAACACAGGCCUAUCACGACAAACCACAAAUCUGUCUCGCACGAACACCAGAGAUGCACUAAGCAGACAAAACACCAGAGAUGCCAUGGGUGUGGGCAACCUCUCACGCCAAAACACCAAUCUCUCACAACAAAGACCAGAUGGAUUGAUUCCUCCCCCGACGACGCAAAAGAUAUCNACUCAACAAGCACAAACACAAGCAACAGGAGUAGGUCUCCAAAAUAUCUCUGGCAACGAAGAACAAAAACGCCAGCGCCCACGCCGCGGCACCGCGGUCCUAGACGCGCAUUGGGCAGCCCUCCAAUCCACCCUCUCAGACAUCGAGCUGUCAGCCGGGUCAUCGGCGCACGUCUUCGGCACCGGCCACGCAAAAGCACUAGAAGAGUUGCGAGCAGCUCAAGUAGAACUGGCGCGUGCAUGGGGCCAAACAGAUGCCGAAGAUAUCUCCACAUCCACAACCACUGGCCCGUCUUCUUCUUCUCCCGCCACAAAACAAAAAGAGUCACCGCAACAGCAGCAGCAACAGCAACAGCAACAACAACAGCAACAACAACAACAGCAAAACAAUACACACAAGGACCAAGAAAAAGCCGCAGAGCAGAAUGAGAGAAAACUAUCUACAGCGACAACGCUAGACCUCACAUCAGCGGCAAAACGACGAGAGACGAGCGACAAGUACUUUGCGGCCGUCAAACAAGGUGUUGCAGAGGUGGUGCGCAAGUUGGACGGUGUGGCCGACGCAAUGAGAGAGGUGGAAAUGCAGAGUAGAGAUAUUUGGGGCUAUGAUGGCAAAGACAGCAGUGAGAUGACCGAGAGCGAGUUUGGGAGUUUGAAUUCGUGA